AUGGCACUGCGAUUGUUGGAGGACAGCAACCACUACGUUGCUCCUCAAGACGUCUACAACCUGUUGCUGCUUGGCCACCACGUUCGUCGAACGCAUUGGGCCAAGCACACGAACGGCGAGCUGGUGUGCUUCGGAGCGAAUUGCUCUGGUCAGUGCGAUGUGCCUCCCGACCUAGGUCCUGUGGUGGCCGUGGCUGCCGGAAAUAGGCACACCUGUGCUGUGAAGACGAACGGCGAGCUGGUGUGCUUCGGAGCGAAUUGCUCUGGUCAGUGCGAUGUGCCUCCCGACCUAGGUCCUGUGGUGGCCGUGGCUGCCGGAAAUAGGCACACCUGUGCUGUGAAGACGAACGGCGAGCUGGUGUGCUUCGGAAGCAAUGGCCUCCGGGUCAGUGCGAGCGAAUUGCUCUGGUCAUGCGAUGUGCCUCCCGACCUGGGUCCUGUGGUUGCCGUGGCUGCGGGAUUGAAGCACACCUGUGCCGUGAAGACGAGCGGCGAGCUGGUGUUCUUCGGAGACAAUACUUUUCGUCAGUGCGAUGUGCCUCCCGACCUCGGUCCUGUGGUGGCCGUGUCUGCGGGAGUUAUCCACACCUGCGCUGUCAAGCCGAGUGGCGAGUUGGUGUGCAUCAACCAUGAGCGGAAUGUGCCGGCAGGCUUCAAGGUUCUGCUCCAGCCUGACACCCACUCCCAAUCCAGCACGGGAGGUGCUGCAGCAUGUGAAUCACAAUGA